CUACUCAUUCAUUAAAUUGAAAACAUGGCCGUCGGUGCGCAGAAACCUCUGCUGGUUCUCUCUAUUUUAUCUCUUAUUGGAGCGAUCGCAGGCUUCAGGUUGGAUAAUCUAUUGUACAGACGUCUAGGGGAAGAUCCGGACGUCAACAGGAAUGCGAGUCAACUGAUAACCAGCAAAGGCUACCCAUGCAAAGAAUACUCUGUCCAGACCGACGAUGGCUUCAUCCUCGGCGUCCAGCGCAUCCCGUACGGUCGCAACGAAUCCAAAUACACGCCACGGCCGGUCGUCUUCCUCCAGCAUGGCCUACUGGCGUCGUCCACUAACUGGUUGACGAACCUCGCCAACGAGAGCCUGGCGUAUAUUCUGGCGGACGCGGGAUUCGAUGUGUGGCUGGGUAAUGUGAGGGGAAAUGAUUAUUCGAAGAGAAGCAUCAAGUAUAAGCCCGAACAGGUGGAGUUCUGGAAGUGGAGCUGGGAUGAAAUGGCCAAGUUUGAUCUUCCAGCGAUGCUUGGGCUCGCUUUGAAGGAAACCAACCAACCAGAUCUCUUCUACAUCGGCCACUCACAAGGAACUACCAUUGCCUUCGCUGAGUUCUCAAGAAACUUUGAGCUGGCUGCCAAGGUGAAGAUGAUGUAUGCCUUGGCACCAGUGGCUAGAGUUAGUCACAUGACCAGCCCUCUGCAUUAUCUAACAUACUUUCUACCAGAAAUACAAUUUCUCUUUGAUAUAUUGGGCGAAGGUGAAUUCAAUCCAAGCAACGAGUUUGUCAAGUGGCUUGCUCGAGAUCUCUGCCCCAUAGAAGAGACGAUAUGUUCUAAUGUUCUCUUUGUCAUCUGUGGAUACGAUGAGAAGAACCUGAACAUGUCUCGUCUUCCUGUAUACUUCAAUCAUGAUCCUUCUGGGACCUCUGUCAUGGAUGUUGUUCACUAUGCCCAGAUGGUUGAUUCAGGCACAUUCCAGAUGUAUGACUAUGGAUACACAGACAACAUGGCAAAAUAUAACCAGAGCACCCCGCCCCUAUACAUCCCAGAAAACAUGGCGACACCAGUCUCCAUCUUCUGGGGCAAGAACGACUGGCUCGCUGACCCUGAGGAUGUCCAGUGGCUCAUACCCAAGCUGAACAAGGUCCUCCAAGGCAACUACCAGUUCGAUGACUACGAUCAUCUGGAUUUUAUCUGGGGUAUGGACGCUCCGUCCCGGGUUUACGCGCCGAUCAUUGAAGACUUGAAGAAAAGAUCCAAUAUGACAUUAUAGCGGUAGUGUAUAGUUGAGUAGUUAGAUGUCCAGUUGCUCAUACCCAAGCUGACCAAGGUGCUCCAAGGCAACUACCAGUUCAACAACUAUGAUCAUCUGGAUUUCAUCUGGGGGAUGGAUGCUCCGUCUCGCGUUUAUGCGCCGAUUAUACAAGAUAUGAAGAAAAGGUCCAAUAGGACAUUAUAGCGGUAGUGUAUAGUUGAGUAGUUAGAUUUAUACUCAAAAGGUUCACUUUUAUUAAAGACGAACACUGUGAAAGCGAUGAUUUCCAUGUGGUAGUUUCUUGCGCCGAAUGUGCCGAAACCUGUGCAAUGUGUCCUAUAAAACAAAUGUCUUUUAAAGAGAUGAUUACUACCACAAAAUUGAAGAAUAGGAAGGAUUUCGGAAAUGCUAAGGCUUUCUCUCUUGCACUCAUGAGAGUUAGCCACAAGAAUGAACAGAAAGCCGAAAGCGGAUAAUAUAAGGGGAAACUAAAGAAACAGAUUGUGUGAAGAAAAAAAAA